AUGUCACAGAAGACCAUCCUAGUCACCGGCACCAACCCCGGCGGCAUCGGUAACUCGCUCGCCCGCGAGUUCCACGCCAAAGGUCUGCGCGUAUUUGCGACCGCUAGAAAGACCGACAGCAUCAAAGACCUCGCCGAUCUGGGAAUCGAAACGCUCUCGCUCGAAGUCACCGACCCGCAAAGCAUCAAGGCUUUGAAAGAGGAGGUUGCAUCGCGCACAAACGGAAAGCUCGACUACCUUGUCAACAAUGCUGGUCGCAACUACACUGUUCCUGCCACCGACAUUGACUUUGACCAAGUCCAGCUCACAUACGAGGUCAAUGUCUUUGGUGUUAUGCGCAUGUGCCAGGCAUUCACACCACUGCUGAUUGAAGCCAAGGGUACCAUUGUCCAGAUUGGCAGUCUGGCUGGUGUCAUGCCCUACGUCUUUGGCAGUGUAUACAACUCGACAAAGGCUGCCCUGCACUCUUACAGCAACACGCUCAGAGUCGAGCUGGAGCCGUUUGAUGUCAAGGUCGUCACUGUAGUGACUGGCGGUGUCAAGAGCAAUAUUGCAAGAAACGACUGGCAGUUGCCCAGAGAUUCCAUCUACCUGCCCAUCGAGCCUGAAUACCUGAGACGCACAAAGCACUCACAAGAGGUUGGCAUGCCCAACGAAAAAUAUGCAAAGUCCGUUGUGAGCCAAGUACUCAGCGGUCGUCACAAGAGACAGUUCUGGGAAGGUUCAUUCUCGUACAUCGUCUGGUUCUUGAACACCUUCAUGCCAGCCAAGAUCUUCGAUUACCUCUUCUGGCGCAACUUUGGCAUGUGGAAGCUCAGAGAGGCACACACCAAGAAGCUCGCUUGA